AAAAGGAUUAAUUAUGUGAUAAUGGCUACCAGUUAGGCUGCUACCAACCAAUCAAGCACAUGCGACUUGGUCAGUUGACACGUGAGUUUACAUACACUGUUCGUGCAUUGGUAGAUGGACCUAAGCAUCAACGGCUCGAAAUCUAAUCAAUGAAGCCUUUUUUCUGUUUCCAUCUUUGUAAGUUUUACUGAGGCAUAUCCAAUCUUAUAAAAGCUACCAAUGCCAAACUUUACCAAUUAUUAUCUUUCUGUUAGUGGUGAAUAACUAAGCCAAAAACAAAUUUAAGUUUGUCAAAUCUAUCAAUCUUAAGAAAGCCAUGGGAUCAGGAUCUCAAGCGGUUUGUGUCACGGGGGCGUCUGGGUUUAUUGGAUCAUGGCUCGUCAUGAGGCUCCUGGAGAAUGGUUAUACGGUUAGAGCCACGGUCCGUGACCCUGAUAAUGUAAAGAAGGUGAAGCACUUGCUUGAGCUGCCUAAAGCCGAUUCCCGCUUGACUUUGUGGAAGGCUGAUUUAUCUGAAGAAGGAAGCUUUAAUGCAGCAAUUGAAGGCUGCUCCGGAGUGUUCCAUGUUGCCACUCCAAUGGAUUUUGAGUCCAAGGACCCUGAGAAUGAAGUGAUAAAGCCAACAAUAAAUGGAGUAUUGGACAUCAUGAAAGCAUGCCUCAAAGCAAAGACAGUUCGGAGGUUGGUGUUCACAUCAUCCGCUGGAACUGUCAAUGUUGAAGAACAAAAGAGGCCCGUUUACGAUGAAAGUAACUGGAGUGAUUUGGAAUUUGUCUACGCCAAGAAAAUGACUGGAUGGAUGUAUUUUGUCUCCAAGACUUUGGCAGAGCAAGCUGCCUGGAAGUUUGCUAAGGAGAAUAACAUGGAUUUCAUCACUAUAAUUCCUACUCUUGUUAUUGGUCCAUUCCUUAUGCCAUCAAUGCCUCCCAGCCUGAUUACUGGCCUUUCACCGAUCACCGGGAAUGAAGCUCAUUACUCGAUCAUUAGGCAAGGCCAAUUUGUUCACUUGGAUGAUCUGUGCAUGGCUCAUAUAUUCUUGUUCGAAAAUCCUAAAGCAGAGGGCCGAUACAUUUGUUCCUCCCAUGCUGCUACCAUUGUUGAACUUGCCAAAUUACUCAGAGAAAAGUACCCGGAGUACAAUGUUCCUACGAAGUUCAAAGAUGCCGAUGAAAACUUGAAAAACGUAGUCUUCAGUUCCAAGAAGUUGCUGGACUUGGGUUUCCAGUUUAACUAUAGUUUGGAGGACAUGUUUACAGGAGCUGUGGACACAUGCCGAGAAAAGGGGUUAAUUCCUGCUCCUAUUAAGAGCACAACUCCUGUUUCUGUUGAGAGGGCUGUCAAUAGUACCACCCCUGCUUCUAUUUAGACGACAGUCAAUGGUACAAGUUAGAAGAGAACAAUUAAUAUCUACCACGGAUGUAAUGCUCAUGGCGGCUUUGGUUUUGGUUGAAUGAAAAUAAAGAUUUUCUCUGAGGAGUUUGUUCUUGCUGAUAUAUUGAAUAGGGGAGGGAACCAUCUGAUGUAAAAUCUAGUUUAUCACGAAAUGGUUAUCAUAAUUUGUUUCAAGAAUAUUAGAUCAGAUUAAUGGUACCCCUAACCUAAGAGGAAAUAUUCAAAAAUGAAUGGUAAAUAAUGAAAAACCAAUACCCUUUGAUAUCACCAAUACAGUAGAAGUUAUCCUUGGCGCUGGUACAAGUAAUUAAGGUUGAAGAUUUGAAUGCAAAGCACUCAGAUUCGAACUUUUACAAUCUCCUAUUGAUAGGUAAUUUUUAAAUUCAAAAAGUCUUCAAACCAAAAAAAAUUACAUAAACUUCUUUGUAAGUUGACGUUUUUCUUAGUUUUAGAGAUGAGAUAAAAUGACUUCUCCUACUCCUAAUCUUUUCUUGAUAAGAAAAAAAAGUUAUUCCAGAAAAUACCAAACUUUAAACAUAUGUUUGGUAGUUGGGAAUUUUUUUUUUUUUAAAUGAUGGGAUUAUGAUGAUUUUCGAAAAUGUAUUUGUUCAUGAAAAGUUUGGGCUCAUUGUUGGUAUAUCUAUAUUAAGGCCUGAAG